UGAUCGAAUUUUAUGUCAAAUUUAUUUAAUUAUUUAUUAAACACUAAUUCAGUAGUGUUUAUGAAUCAUUAGAAAUUUGAAUACAUUUUUAUUUUUUUUUUUUCGAUUGAUAGAUGAGUAUAUAAAUAUAUGUAUAUAUAUUUAUAUAUAUAUAUAUAUAAUGAAAUAUAUCGUGGUAAAUUUACUGCUCAGUGUGUGUGUAAUUAAUUCGAGUAUUAAUUCAAAAGUGCCGGCAAUAUUAUCUAAUUAUUCAAAUUUAAAUUCGCAUAAUACCAGAGUGAAUAAGGAUGAGGAUAAGGAUAAGGAUAAUAGUAAUAGUGUGCUGAGGAUUAUGUUUGCUCAGGGAUUUAAUAAAUCACCUAGUGACCUUGUUGAUCUAGGACUCGUCAAUUCCAAGGAAAAUAAAAUUAAUAUGCCAAAGCCUGGUAGAUUAUUAGAAAGGAAUAAUGAUGAUAGUGAUGAUAAUAAUGAUAAUACAGAAAAAGCUUUUGGUGAAUGGAUACACAAUAUCGUCGGUAGUUCGACCACUGUCGCAAAUAUUCCUGAAGAUUGUCCUAAAUGCUUAUGUGGAACAUCAAAUAUACCAAAUAGAAUAGUAGGAGGUCAAGAUGCAAAACUAUAUCAAUAUCCAUGGAUGUCAUAUUUAACUUACCAUGGACGCUUUUACUGUGCAGCCACCAUAAUAAGUAGCAAAUAUAUGCUAACUGCUGCACAUUGUGUUGACCGAUUUGAUAAAUCGAAAAUAAAAGUUCAUACAGGAGCGUAUGAUCGUAACAAUGCGUCAUCACAAUUGGUAGAGUACAAAAUAUUGAGUGUAAUAAAACAUAGCGGAUACUCGAUCACGAACUACAACAAUGAUCUGGCGUUAAUCAAAAUAAAUGGUGUAAUAAAGUUCGAUGGCCCUAUGAAGCCGGUGUGUUUACCAGAACGUGGGAGUACUUUUACUGGUAAAAAUGCAACUGUCACUGGCUGGGGCGCCAUUGAAGAAUCUGGCCCACUUUCUUCUACUUUGCAAGAAGUCCUAGUGCCCAUUAUGAGUAAUAAUGAAUGUCGAACGACUAAAUACCCCCCGAAACGUAUCACUGAUAAUAUGUUGUGUGCUGGUUAUAUUGACGGAGGCAAAGAUUCUUGUCAGGGAGAUAGUGGUGGACCUUUACAUGUUGUUGAAGAUAAAACUUAUAAAAUUGUAGGAAUAGUAUCGUGGGGUGAGGGCUGCGCUCUUCCAGGUUAUCCAGGAGUUUACACACGAGUAAAUCGAUAUAUUUCUUGGAUUGAAAGAAAUACAAAAGACUCAUGUUUUUGUUGAAAAAUAAAUUAUUUAAUAUUAAAUUUUAGUAUUGAAAAUUUUUAUUUAUUUAUUUA